GCUGCACCGCAGGCCACAGGGCUCUCAGAGUGGCUCCUGCUGGUUUGGCGGAACAUAACAGAGAGGGAGUUCCUGUUACAUCACAAAAUGUGUAACUCCCUGAAAUUUGAGCUGAGUAAGAGAAGGAGGAGGGCAGCAAGAAAGAGUAAACAAAAAUGAGGAAGAGAGCAGUCAACAGGAGAAAAAAGAAGAAAACUUCUGCAUCUAUUGACAAAUGCUGCAUUGCUUUUCUGACACCACUUCCCCUUUAAGUUCAAAGGUUGCUGAAGUUCAGUGAAUACUAAACGGGGAAUUGACUGAAAGAUGGAGCACCUCUCUAUGCCUCCUCUGUCCAGGGUCGCCAUUUGUGGCGGCACGCAUGGAAAUGAGCUUACGGGGGUGUACAUAGUGAAAGAAAUGCAGAGACAGAAGCAGGACAAGGUGGGAUCUCUUUCUGUGACCCCUGUCCUGUCGAAUCCACGAGCCGUAGAUGUCUGCAAGAGAUACACGGACACUGAUCUCAACCGCUGUUUUACAAGCGCUCUGCUGAGCUCCCCCAUAACAGACUCCACGCCGUAUGAGCUGAGGCGAGCUCAGGAGCUGAACGCUCAGAUCGGGCCCAAAGGAAGCGAGAGCGCUGUGGAUCUGCUGGUAGAUCUUCACAACACCACCUCCAACAUGGGCCUGACCAUCAUCAUGUACUCAAUCAGCGCCUUACCUUCACACAUUUUCAAAUACAUCCAGACAAAGAUGGCUCCAGUGCCUGUGGCAGCAAUUCAGCUGGACUUAUCACUGUCAGAUUGUUACUCCUUAGACUCAGUGGGCAAAAAUGGAUUCUCGAUCGAGGUUGGUCCUCAACCCAACGGCGUUCUCCGAGCAGAUAUCUUCAACAUGGUGAAAAAGGCCGUGGAUCUCACUCUGGAGUGGAUUGAGAAAUUUAACUCUGGAUGUACAUUUGAAGGAGGUGACAUUGAAGUGUACAGCUUCGUGAAAAGCAUCGACUACCCAAGGGACCCGGUGAGCGGAGAAAUGACUGCAGCCAUCCACCCCAAACUGCAGGAUAAUGACUUCAAGCUCCUUCAGCCGGGAGACCCAUUAUUCCUGUCAUUUUCCGGAGAGACGGUGAAGCACGAGGGAGACGCCCUCUACCCUUUCUUUGUGAAUGAAUGCGCCUACUAUGAGAAGAAGAUUGCUUUCCAUUUAGCUCGGAAAAUUACCAAGACCAUCCCAACUCUGAGUGUGAAGAGUAACUGAGCGUCCGGAGGGAACAGGACCAGAGCGUACUGUAAAGCCUUUAAAUUAUGAUCACAGAAGAUUAAACUUGAAUACAGCACACAAGUUCCAAUCACUGCAAAUAAGUAAACGCACACGGUGUGUGUGUGUGUGUGUGUGUGUGUGUGUGUGUGUGAAUGAUUUACUGAGAAAAAUGUUUCCUAUGAUGUAGUACAACAGUUUUAAGGACUAAUUUCUACUGGGAGCACUGAAGAGUUUAUUUUUUCCUUGACUGAAUCACACUGCAGGCCAUCUCAGUUACAAAAAAAAAACAUAUUUUUUGCUAUUUUAUAGAAUUUGUAUUCCUGAUCACUAAUCUUUUGCUCUAUUACGUAAGGCAAGUCAAAACAAAACAUUGAAGCUUGAUUGCAAUGUAAAAUUGCAAAAUAAUUAAAUGUAUAAAUACAAUCCCGCUGUCAGUUAUUUCUUGAAGAGUGUUUUUGAUAAUAUCAGGAAAACUAAAGUGUGCUUAUGUUAAAGUAAGUGUACACGUGCAGUAUAAACCUCGUGAAUCUCUUGGUUAGAUUGAACACACACUCCUGUAAUCAUUAGACACACUACCGACCAGCAGUUUUCUGCAUCAGUGGUUUCCAACAUUGUCUCUGGGACUCCUUCUCAGGGAGCCAGACCUGGAAAACUAAGAACUGCUUUAUAUAUACUUUAAAAAAGAAUCUCUUUCUUUAGUUUGGUAAUAGUGAGCCUUUAUCUGGCUUCAGGGAAAAAGGUUGGUAAUCAGUGAUCUAGAGAUGCUCAGUAAAAUUGUCCACAUGGAGGGAAGGUCAGUAGCAGUUUCAUAGCAAGCUGAAGGAAGAAUGAGAGAAAAGUUGCAACACAGUGGCUCAGAGAGUAAAAGUCCUUCAUUCAGAUAGAAGUCAGUGAGGCCUUAUGUUGGAAUCCAAACUGCUUCAAUUCCAGAGUGAAUUAAACACAAAACAUCUUGUUUCUGCCUUCACCGUCAGCAGCGUUAAGAAACAUCAGGAGUUUACUGAAAUAAAGUUAUCAGUUUAUACAGUGAAUACCAAAAUAGACAGUACAGAAACAUGAUGUAAAAUUAGAAAAGAUGAUUUUUCAUCAGGAUUUUAUUUGAACUAAUAAUUAUUUUUUGGGCUUCAAUCAGUUACACUGGUCUCUAAACUGAUUCAGCUGCACUAACAGCAACUAGACUUUUAUUCAAGUAAAACCAGUAAAAUAAGAACACUCAGUAGCUCACUGGUCAGGUUUGGGGGUGUGUGGUCAUUUUCACUUCAUUUCUAUAAAGUCCAAAAAGAUUCCACCAGGAUUUUUUUUUAUAGCACUUAAUUCUUCUGAUUUCUCAAUUCAUUGAGAAGUAAUUUUCUUAGGACUUUGACUGAGUCAAAAUGUCUCAUAUCUGUUUCUAUGUUUUAUUGUCAUAGCCUAUUCAGUUUGUCUGACCUGCAGUUUCAGAGAUUCUACAAAAUUUGAAAAAACAAAACAGGAAAUUACGUUUGUUCCAGUAUCAGGCCACACUUCUGAGGUCAAAACGUGCGGCUUCAGAUAUGUUUGAUGACCUGUGGUUUCUGUUGUUUUCUCCCAGUAACAUAUUUUAAAUGAGUAACUAAAAGCAGUGUGUUGUAAUGCUUACAGUGUAACCCUGUGUUAUGAUAAA